AUGGCGCAAGGGGGAAAUGCCGACAGAGCGGUGGCCAUGCCCCGGUUAGAGGACCUCCUCCGACACCCGGAGGACCUCGACAAGAUCAAUGGACUGAAAGCCGAAUACACACGCAAGAAAGCUGCGGUCGAUGCGCAGCUCCGUGAGGGUCUUCGGGAUCAGUUAGCAUCCGUACAACGAAGCCUCAGCGCCCUCACGGAAGGCCAGCGCCAGGUAUCAAAGACGAGGGAUGAGCUACAGGGUAUCGACAGACUAUGCGCCGAGUCGCAGAACAGCGUUGAUGACUUCUCGCGAAUUGACCAGCUCGCUAAAAUCCAGCGCAACUUUGAAGCUACUCUGAUGAUGAAGAAAGGACUGGAGAACUUUAGCUCUGAUUUAGCGGAGAUUGAGGAGCUUCUGAGGGAGGAUGACGAGGAUCUUGAGAACCAGCCUAAUCUGCUGCGGACCCAUAUGCGGAUAUCUCGAUUGCGGGACUUUCGAGAUGAGGCCAUGGAUCAAGUUCGCAGGGCGCAGGACGCGAGUAACGAGGCCACCCUAGAAGAAUAUUUCCAAGGGCUGGAUGCCGUAAUCGAUUGGUUUGAUGACCAUCUUGGGACGCUGUGUAUGAACCUCAUUCCGCUCGUGCAGAGUGAUAACCCCAGCAUGGUGGUUCGACUUGCGGUUGUGGUGGCGAACGAGGAGAAGAAUGAUGAGACCGUUAAGGCCUUGCAGGAGGCGCAGAAGGAUCACCAGGAUUUAGCUGGGCGGUUUAAGUCAAUGAAUGUUGGACCGAAGACCGUAAGGGGAUACAAGGAAAAAUUUAUACAAGCGAUCGAGUUCUACGCUCAAAAUCAGUUCGAAGACACCAAGGAGAAAUUCUUGGAUGACCCGGAAGGUCUGGAGAAGAGUUUCCGAUGGUUCUUUAACGACCUCUUCGUCGUGCAGCAGGGCAUGCAGUCGUUGAUGCCGAAGAAGUGGAAAAUCUUCAAGACCUACACUGAUAUCUAUCACCGCAUGAUGCACGAUUUCCUGAUUGAGAUGGUCAACGACCCCGCAUUACCAGCUGACAACCUGCUUGCGAUCCUCCACUGGAGGGAAAAAUACUACAAGAAGAUGAAGAAGCUUGGCUGGCAGGCGUCUGACCUUGAGCUAGAUAUUCUGGAUAACCGCGAACCUGAUCUCAUUCGGCGGUGGCAGAAUGUCAUUAUUAACGCGGUAGAAGAUUGGAUGGAUAAGAUCACGGAGACGGACAGGAAGGCACUUACGGAGAGGAUACCUGACUCACUUGAUACUACAGCAGACGGCUACUUCCGCACUCAAACUCUUCCAGAUAUGUGGCGAAUGCUGCACGAGCAGGUCACCGUGUCCAGCUCCUCCUCACGCCCCGACCUCUUGGAAGGUAUUAUGGAUGCAAUGUUCCGAGUGCUGAAGGCUCGCCAAAAUGCCUGGCAGACCCUUCUCGAGGAAGAAUGCGCUAAAUACAAAGCACCCGGCGGUGAACAACUAGACGGGUUGCAACUGCUGCAAGACUGGCUUAUAGCAGUAGCGAAUGACCAGAUUGCCUGCAUUGACGACAAUGACGAAACGGGACAAUAUGGGCACUUGACGCGGUUCCGACGUGAUAUCGAGCAGUACGUCGACCCGAAAUACAUGGCGUCCCGCGCAAUUCCCGAGAUUGAUGCUUUACGAGAUGGCUACGUCGAUUUGAGUACCUACUGUAUUUCGCAAUUCGUGAACGUAAUUUUCGCAGUCGACCUGCAGGGCACGAUUCGCGAUUUUUUUACCCAGAGAUGGUAUGGAGAUUUCGCCGUGAAGCGAAUCACUUCUACGUUCGACGAUUACAUGGCCGAUUACUCGCCUGUCCUCCACCCCUCCCUCACAGACAUCCUCGUCGAAGAACUCUCCGACGAACUCCUAGUCCGCUACCUCUCAUCGGUCCGCAACAAGGGUGUAAAAUUUCGCCGACAAACUGACCCCUACACCGACAAAUUCAAGGACGACGUCCUCACAGUCUUUGCAUUUUUCCAGAAAUACCCGGACUCUUUUGCAGGCACCAUCAAGCAGAAAUGGCGGCUUGUCGACUGGUUGGUCCGGCUUCUUGAGGCAGAGAAAGGUCCUGCUGUGGUUAAUGUCUAUGAAGACUUCAAGAAUGAGUACUGGGACCUGCAGCUCUCGUGGGUUGAAACAGUCCUUAGGGCACGGGAUGACUUUGAGCGGAGUAUGAUUACUGCCGUCAAGACUAAGGCGGCUGAAUUGUCUGUUGAACGGGGAAUGGAGACUCUCAUGAGUAGAGUUCGCUGA